AUGCCCAGCCCACAGACAAGCCCAUCAGGGGAAGAAGUGGAGAUUUUCAAGAUCGUGUCCGAGGGUGCCACCCCAGAGCAGUGGGCGAGGUGGCUACGAGCUCCUCUCGAGCACGCCGCCGCUAGCGGCAACUUGAACCUGGUUGAUAGGCUACUGAAGGCUGGGGUUGACGGCAAGGCCGGAUGGAGGGGCUGCCGCGGCCGGUCUCUGCUCGAUGCCGCUGCCUUGGGUGGAAACGCUGGUGUGAUGUCUGCCUUACUCCAAGCAGGGUGUGGACCGGAUGUCAAUGUCGUGGCUUCUUCCACUGGUAGAUCGGCGCUGUACCAGUCAGUCCUGGGCAAACAUGAAGCUGCGGCGAGAAAGCUCAUCCUGGCCGGAGCCGAUGUCAACUUUGUGGACCGUGCCGACAAAGCCGGCCCGCUCUUCGCCGCUGUUAAGGCGGGGUGUGACGAUCUUGUGGGUAAUCUACUGAUGGCUGGAGCAAAUCCAAAUGUGAUAGUUCGUCAUUCCUUCGGGCACGGAACUCCUUUGCACGCUGCAGCCAAGCAGGGCCUCGCUAACACUGCUUCGGUGUUGUUGAGCUCUCCAAGCACCGACAAGAACGGCCACGUAGCCACGGUAAAGGUUCUCUUGGCCGCAGGUGCUGAUACCGACAUACGGGACCUGGACAGUCACUCAGCGCUGGUAUUCGCGGCUCAGUACGAAAGGAUCGACGUGAUGAAAGCGCUAUUGGAGCAUGGCGUAGAUGUCAAUGUUGGGGAAGACCACUGGAAUCCUCUUCACUGGGCCGCUCAGUUUAACAGCACCGGCUGUAUUACGGUGCUGCUUGAUGCGGGAGCUGACAUCGAUGUCAAGUGUUCGUUCCUUGACGGCAGAACAUCUCUACACUUCGCGGCCGAAACUGGGAAUAACGAAGCCCUGCUCGCCCUCUUGAGGCGGGGAGCCAACGUCCACCAGACGACCGACGACGGAUCUACAGCUCUACACCUCGUGAGCGAAAUGGAAGGGCAUGCACCGGACGACACCGUGGAUAUUCUUUUGAGAAGGGGUGCCUCAGAACAAGCGGUGGAUCGUAAUGGGAAAGCCCCAGUUGAUUUGUUCAAACGAGUGCAGCGACGUUUUCAGAGCGCGAGGCCGAUGGGGGACAGCGAGUGGCCCGAGUUAGAGCGCGCAAUCGAGCUGUUGGCGCGAGCUCCAGCUGACCGGACGUGGCGGCGCCGGUGCUGGCUCAUCAUGCUUCGUGAACGAACGAAUAAGGAGCGGACGAUCCAUGGCGGUCGUCGACGCAAGGGCAAGAAAGUAGGCAAUGGCGAAGGGCUUCUUCUGGGUGAUGGGAAGCGUGGAGGAAGUAACAAUGUGCGGCGAAGUGGUCGCAGCCGAGGUCGCGGCGGGGGGAGGGCGGCCGUCGAGGUGGACUUGCGCGGCUUGGUGAGCGUGCUGGUUUGCCUGGAGUCGGAUGGGGUGUUUCGCACGAUUCUGGGCUACAUCUGA